CCUGGGUGCACCUCUGCUUGCGGUCGGGAGUGAAACAUGUGUCUGAGGAUAACCUUAUUUCUAACACGAUAUUGAGAUAAUUCAAUCUACAUAUGUGUCAGGACCAGUAUGGAUCCAGCAGCAUCACCAUCAAAAUUAUUACAUAAUCGGGCAUGUUUUGUACGGCCCGUGCCACGAUUGGAUGGCUGUGGUCGCAUACGGAGGAACAGCGUACAUGGCAGUGGUGCCAGUGCGAGUGAAUCCGAAGAUGACUGUCGGAAGUCAAGCACAACUGUUCCAUUACGGGCGAGGAAUGAUUCGAUUUGUUCCGCACAAAGUAAUAAAGAAACACCUGCUAUUCCUAGUGUGGGUAAUUCUAUUCCUUCAAAGCCUGGACAAAAGAGGCGUUUAUUAAUUUCGGAGUCAGCCAGGAAAUUAGCAGAAGCAAGAAGAGAAUUUUUACUUAAAUAUGAAAAUAAGGCACCCGAUAGAAGUAAAUUAACAAUGUAUGAUUUAAUUUAUUAUAAUCCAACAACAAAUCCAAUAAAGAAGGUAGCUGAAAAGGAACAAGUCACUGUACCAUCAGCAUCGAUACCUGAUAAGAUUGAAGAAGCAAAUGUAGAUGAUCCAGAGCCAAUUCCAGUACCUCGUGUUAAAGUUGGACCUGAUGGUCAAUUAAUCAUAGAUGAGCAAAGUCUGACUAUAGAACGAACUAAUGCAAAGAAAGACUUAGAAGCCUUGGCCAAUUCUGGUCCUGUAUUGGAUGAAGGGUUAGAUAAUAAUGGGUUUUAUAAAAGGCGUCAAAAGAGCAAAGAAUGGGCAAAAUGGGAGACUCUUAAGUUUUAUAAAGCUCUUACCACUGUUGGUACUGACUUUCUUUUAAUGCAGAGCUUAUUUCCUGAACGUUCAAGGCAUGAAAUUAAAGCUAAAUUUAAGAAAGAGGAAAAAACUAAUAGAGCAUUGGUACAAAAAGCUCUUUCAUGCCAUCAAGAGUUUGACAUUGAUACAUUAAAAAAAGAUCUUGCUACUUUUGAUGAAGCCGAUAAUGGACACUUUACGGAAACUAUUAAAUCAAAACGGAAAAUGAAAACCAAUAGUUCUCACAGAGGUUCAAAGGGGAAAUUGUGUCGUAUCGUUGCUUCCAGUAUCGAUGAAUCUGGAAGCUUGGAUGAUACAGAUACAGACGAGCCGAGGAAAUUAAAUAAAGGAAGGCCACAACAAACACAGCGUCUUGAAUCUGCUAAAUGGAGGUCAUCAAAAUCUUCAACGAUUGAACAUAAUUUAUUAUUUAAAGAUUGUCAGACCAAAGAGAUAGAAACAGCAAGUGUGGUCAGCUCUGACAGUGAUACAGAGAUUUAUAAAAUAAGGCCAACUCGAUCAGGCAGAGCACCAAAAGUUAGAAAGUUAAGAGCUCCAGAAGUAAAUGCAUUUGACGAAAGUUCUUCCAAAUUGCUAAAUGAAGACGUGGCGAUAGUACCCGAGGAAUCAACAGAUACGUCUUCAGAGAAUGUUACUUCGAUUUUGGAUGAACCAUCUGUAAUUCAUCGUGUGGUUAGAGAUACUAAUAAAGUACAGCCAGGAUCUCUGGUAAUAUUAUCUAGGGAGUCGGAAGAAGAUCCUAGAGCAACGGUGAUGCAGGUUUACAUGGUUGGUCCAAAUGUUAAUUCGGAAAACACCGAUCUUCAACCUAUAAAUCACGUUCAAUUGCCACAAGAGCUUUUAGCAACAGUUACAACUAAACUUCCUGAAAGUGAUCCUCUUGCUCUCAAGGUAGAAUAAACGUACAGCAAAUUUACUGAAACGUUUGUUGACUUCGAAUUAUGACAAUAUAUUCAAGCAUGGAAGACAUCAAGUAUUCAAGAAGCUCAAUCGAGAUUAGGUCAAAGCUUAUAUCAAAUGAAUCAAAACACAUUAUUCUUUUUUUUUACUUCUUUAUCUGCUCUCUCCUGUUUAUACGUACAUAUAAAUAUUCAUACAAAUAUGCAUGUUUGCAUUUAAUGGCUUAAGGCGACAUUUUGUACUGUACGUAUAAGAAUUCUUUAUUAUACGUUAUAAUUUGACUGUCAUUGUGAUAUAAUAUAGUUUCAAUGUUACUUAAA